AGCCUGGGGCCGCCGCCUCCCGGCGCCCCUCGCUCCCCGCCCGGGCCAUGGCGCUCAACAAUGUGCUCUUAGCGCAGUGCGUCUGCUACUUUCUGGCUUUUCUGUUCAGCUUCGUGGUGGUGGUGCCGCUGUCCGAGAAUGGCCACGACUUCCGCGGCCGCUGCCUGCUCUUCACCGAGGGCAUGUGGCUGAGCGCCAACCUGACCGUGCAGGAGCGCGAGCGCUUCACCGUGCAGGAGUGGGGCCCGCCGGCCGCCUGCCGUUUCAGCCUGCUCUCCAGCCUCCUGUCGCUGCUGCUGGCCGCCGCGCAUGCCUGGCGCACGCUCUUCUUCCUCUGCAAGGGACACGAGGGCUCUUUCUUCUACGCCUUCCUGAACCUCCUGGUCAGCGCCUUUGUGGUCUUCCUGGUCUUCAUCGCCAGCACCAUUGUGAGCGUGGGCUUCACCAUGUGGUGUGAUACCAUCACUGAGAAGGGCACUGUGUCUCACAGCUGUGAGAAGCUCCAGGAGGUGGACUUGGAGCUGAACGUGGACAACUCUGCCUUCUACCAUCAAUUUGCCAUCGCCCAGUUUGGUCUCUGGGCCUCGUGGCUGGCCUGGCUGGCCAUCACCACCUUGGCCUUCCUGAAGGUCUACCACAACUACCGCCAGGAGGACCUGCUGGACAGCUUGGUCCAUGAGAAGGAGCUGCUGCUGGCCAGGCCGGCCUCCCGCGCCUCCUUCCGGGGAGAGAAGAGUGCCGUCAUCUAAGCUCUGUGAAGUGGGGAGCAGUCCCAGCCCCCCCACACAGACGCCUGCCCUGGAGCAUACCGGGGACAUCACCCAGGCCAGCCAGCCUGCACAUGUUCCCUUAGUCCUGCCAGCUGCGAGGAAAGCACAAGGUGACCCAGACAACAUCACAGAGAUAUCUGGCGAGAGCAUUCCUCCUGGCUUCCUGUCCUCUCAGACCCCCCACGUCACAUUGUGUGGCCCACACCCUGCUUCUGUGUGUGCGAGGGCAUGUUUAUGAGAGAGAGAGAGAGAGAGAGAGGGAGAGAAGCAGAGCUGCAGCAGAGGUGAAGGGCAUGCCAUUGGCUGCCCCUCUGCACCCCCAAUGGCUGUGCUACACCUGUGUCCCUGGUCUCCCAGGAGGAGGCAACCUUUCCAGUGGACAGGGUCUGCAGCUGAGGGCCCCACAGCAGCAGGUGGAGGAGGCUGGUAGUGACCCAGAACCUUGGGCUGGGCUCUGUCCCCUGCUCUGUGAGGACACCCAGAACUUCUUGGCUGUUCCCUUUCAAGAGAACCCAGUGUCCUCUUCCCCUCAUGGCUCCCUGGCUGGCAUGCACCUCUGUGUUACCAGGAGUGAGGGCCCAGGGUGCAAGAGGCCCGUCCUCCCUGGGGCUCAGGGAGCAUGCUCAGUGGCCGUGGUCCUAGCCUGCAGCUGUGUCCCGCUGCGGUCAUCCUACCACUUCUGGCUCCUGCUGCCCGCUCUGCCCUGUCCCCCUUUCAGGCUGCAGCCAUCUGGGACCUAAAGGAGCAGGGCAAGGUGGGGCUUCUGGGACCCAGUGGCUGCUCUUGGUGGCUGCUCUUGGGAGUUCUUGGGAGCUAUUCUGGGGCCAGGUUAGGUCAAGAGACCUGCAUUUACCUACAGACACACAGACCUGUCCCCUAGAUGCCAAGGCCCCAGAGUCUCUUGGGAGGGGCUGCUGGCUUGAGUUCUGGCAGAGCUAUGGCAUGAGGCUGGGGUGUCUGUCUGGGCUAGUGUCUUCCCCAGGUUGGAUGGCAGGAGGCAGGCAGUGACUGUGGGCACUGAUGCGCCCCCAGGUUGCUGCCAACACUCCUCUUGCUUCUCUCUUGGCCCCUCAUGGAACAACCUUGUUGCAGUCCUCCUGGUGGGACUUCACAGCGGGGAGUCCUAAGCUGUCAUGUGUCAGUUUCUCAAAGCAAAAUAAAGAUGAAACACCUGA